GGCGCGGAAUUUGAGCGAGUGUUGUCGGCUUUCUGACAGCGGACCGUCCGUAGUUUCUUGGCUGGGUACCACAACUUUGGUGGAUGCAAGUAUUCCCAGUCUUGUCUUAAAUGGUGUGAGCUUUGCAGAGAUGGACGGCGACAGAAUGGAGGUGGGAAACCAGAAACAAGACAUCAAUGUGGAAGUCCAUGUUAAAUCUCACAGCACAGCUAAACGGUCCGAGGUGAGGAUUCAUGUUCUGGCUCUUCUGAAUCGCCACAGCAUGGUUUUUGGAAACUACAGAUGGACAGAGUUUGAUGAGGACUACCUGCAGAAACAUGUGGAGUCUGUGGCUAUAGUUGAUGUUGAGGAACUGGUCACACAGCCUCUGGAUUUGAAGAGCUGCUCUGUCUCCGUUCACAUCUUCACUCUGAAUGAGGAUGGACCCAGCACGCUCAGUUUGGAGGAGGAUGAGGAGCUUUCAGCAGCCAAUCACUGGUUGCUGCCAGCAGCUGAAUUCCAUGGGAUAUGGGAGAGUCUGGUAUAUGAGAGCGGAGUAAAAACCCAGCUCCUGGAUUAUGUCACAACAACAAUUUACUUCUCGGAUAAAAAUGUCAACAGCAACCUGAUUUCGUGGAACCGUGUAGUGCUCCUUCACGGCCCCCCAGGCACAGGGAAAACAUCACUCUGCAAAGCUCUCGCCCAGAAGCUGUCAAUCAGACUGUCGAGUCGGUAUUCUUAUGGGCAAUUUGUGGAGAUAAACAGCCACAGCUUGUUCUCAAAGUGGUUCUCAGAGAGCGGUAAGCUGGUCACAAAGAUGUUUCAAAAGAUCCAACUGCUGAUUGACGACAAAGACGCUCUUGUGUUUGUUCUUAUAGAUGAGGUGGAGAGUCUGACAGCAGCUAGGAGUGCCUGCCAGGCGGGGACAGAACCCUCUGACGCCAUUAGAGUGGUCAAUGCCGUUCUUACUCAGCUGGACCAGAUCAAACGACAUCCCAAUGUGGUGAUUCUGACGACCUCGAAUGUGACGGACAAGAUAGACUUGGCGUUUGUGGACAGAGCUGACAUCAAGCAGUACAUCGGACCUCCAUCAGAGAAGGGCAUCUACAACAUCUACCUGUCCUGCCUGGAGGAGCUGAUGAAGUGCCAGAUCAUCUACCCCCGGCAGCAGCUGUUUACCAUGUUUGAGCUGGAGACGAUGCGCUUCGCCAAGAGUGAGGUGUCCGAGCACAGCCUGAACCUGAGGAGCAUUGCUCAAAAAAGCAAAGGUUUGAGUGGAAGAGCACUCAGGAAGUUACCAUUUCUAGCCCACGCGCUGUUCGUAAAGACACCAACAGCAACCCUUGAGACUUUUAUGGAGGCUAUGCACCAAACAGUGGAGAAACAGAGGGAGGAAAAAGCUCAUCUGGUGAACGGUAUCUGAACUUUUACAAAGCCCAAAGGCUGACACAUGAGCUCUCCUGUGGCUUGUUUGUUUGUAGUUAGAUAGAUCUUUAAUUUUGUCAUUGUACAGGUACAACGAAAUUACAAUUAAAUCAAGGUGCCAAGCAAUGAACUCAAGGUUUUGACCUUUAGAUAUUUUUUAACAAAUACUAUCGCUAACAUAAAUGUUUGUUCAGGUGAUUCUAUUGGUGCUGCUGCCAAGUUGGUUUUCAGUAUUUGCAGUUUGGGUUAAGAUGGAGUGCCAAAUGCUUUGUGUUUUUUCUGAUAUUUUAAUGUAUUUUUAUAUUUAGCUUUACAGUGCCACCGUUUUUUGUCGGUUCCUUUUGUUAAAGGGAUAGUUCACAUCUGUAUUGGCAUACGUUACCUUUUGUAAAACACAUUAGCUCCUUUCAUGGAUUGUUUUGAAGAUAUCUCAUUGAGAGGUGGGAACUUUUUUAAAUUCCCUUUUCUGGUGUUCAUUUAAAAGUUGCUAUCUCACUGAGCCAACUCCAUCCACAGGAUCUGUAGAAAAGGCUAAUGUUCAUGCAAGAUACCGACUAAUGUUGAGAAAUGUGAACUUUCCCUUAAACAUGUGUUUCAGAAAGGGAUGUUUCUCAUAGACUAUCACUUACAAAUGUUAAGUUAUGUUUGUCAGUUCUAUAUUCAUGUUAACAACAAAUCCUCGUUAAACUCUGGAUUAAUGUGUUCAUUACGACUUUAUUUUGUAUAUAACUUUGUAAUAAACAAUAUCUAUUCUUUUCAUGUUGGUUUUUGAUAUACAGAUGCAUUAUGGAGGUUUGUAUGGGAUUAGUUUUGUAUCAUAAAGAUAAAGCAACACUUUCUCAGAAUAAAGCAAAACUAUGAGUUUAAAAGAAGAAAAAAAAA